AUGUCUACCGUAUCAAAGACGAAAUCAAGAGACAAGAAGGCAAUGAAUGAUUCACAGAAGAUACCUGGUAAACCCUCGGGAUCUACGGUUGCAAGUAGUGGUGUUCUUGCUGGUGCUUACAAUCCAGUUUUGGGGACAUUUCAAACUGUUGAGUCGCUUUCAGCAACCGGCUCUUCAUCUCUUCACCAUAAUGGCCGUUUCAGAAACAUUGAUGAGUCGGAUUCAACUGGCGCCGACUGUGAUUCCGUCUCUAAUAAUGGUAGCUGGUCAGGUGACUCAGAAGAUCACAAAGAGAAAGUAUCUACUACUGCUGCAAAACAGGAAGUUAUUAUCCCUGGAGCUGACAAUGACAAGCGGGAGAAGAUGCGGCUGAAGAAUGAGAAAAAGCACCAGCGUCAAAAGGAAAAGCGAGCUCAGGAGUUGCACGAGCGUUGCUGUCAGUUUCUCAUGUCGAGAAAGCUUGAAGUCCUUGCUCAGCAGCUCAUAGCAAUGGGGAUUUCUCAUGAGCGGGCUACUUAUGCUCUCAUGUUAAACGAAGGGAAAAUAGAGGAAUCCGUCCAUUGGCUGUUUGAUGAUGGUGGCGCAAAAGUAGUAGAUAAGAAACUAGAUCCUACCUCUGGCAACUUAAAGCUUGACAUAUCGCAGGAGUUAAGUAGAAUCUUGGAGUUGGAAAGUAAAUUCAAGUGCUCGAAGCAGGAUGUAGAAAGAGCUGUGGUUACAGCAGAGGGGGAUAUUGAGAAAGCAGAAGAAGCAUUAAGAAGACAGAAGCAAGACCAGUCUACUGCUUCUAGAAAAGUAGAGGAUGUUAGUGAUAAUACUUCUGUAAACAGUAGCAAAGUCCCUUCUGUGCACACAAGUCAGAACACAGUAGUCCAGCUGCAACCUAACUCAGGUAUGUAUCCUCCAGGCGUUGAUGAAGCGAAGAAUCUUGGUUACCCCAGAGUAUCCAGUGGAGAACCUGGAAACGAAGGUGGAUCGUUGGAGAGAAUCCACAUGCAGUUGCAGUUGAUGAAAUUGCAACAAAAUGCUGCCCAGGAAGAGAGGAAACGCAUGCCACAGCCAUAUCAACAGACACCACUUCCCCGGCCAACAGAAGAAACACAUUACGUGGCGGCUCUAGGUGAUCAAUAUAGAAGACUUCAGCAGCAAGAGAUGAGGGAACCAGUUAUGAUGAUGCAGCAGCAGCAACAACAUCAACAACAACUGCAACAGCAACGCUCUCAAUCCGCUAACACAAGUGUGUUACCUGUCUCUACCAUGAACUCAUCCUUCACCGUAGCGGCAACAGCAUCAGCAGGAGGAGGAGGCAACAAUUGGUACCCUGCAAAUAGAUCUGAGGCAGCUGCUCAAUCUGAUGGAUACAUGCCCACAAGAAGUAUGGCUCCUAAUGACCUGAACUCGAACCUCAUGUACCAGCAGCUUCAGUAUCAACAACAAUAUCAAGGGCAAGGGAACAACAGUCACAGAAUGGGAGGAGCUUCUUCACCGCUUGCUGUGGCUCCAGCUGCAUCUCUUGGGCUCUUCUCAGGGUACGGAUCAGUACACUCAAGAGGAUCUACUGGGCUGGACUGGAACGCGGAUGGGACAGUGGGGCAUUUGGAUUACAACAACAUCGACUGGAGUCUAGACAAAGGACUAAUUUGUCCGAGACCAGAGCAACAACAGUACUUGAGUGCAUCCCCAUACGAAGUACAGAUGAAUGGAAGGACAAGAAUGAUGGGGAAUGGGAAUGGGAUGGGCAUGGCGAUGGGAGUGCAAGAAGCUGCUUUAGUUGGGAAUGGAAGAGAAUGGACUUCGCCGUUUGAGGGUAAAGAUCUGUUUAGUUUGUCUAGACAGUAUGUGCCUCCUUCACUCUGA